AGCCUUGGCUUAAGGGGCUGAAACCCCCAUUUAAUUACACUCUAGCAAAGAGGAAAAGUACAGUAUCUAAGUCACACAAGCUGUUUAUUUACACUGUGGUGAGAAUCGUGCAUGCAAUCUUGAAAAGAAAAAGAAGGGGAAAAUGCAUGUUUUGUCAAGAGGGUGGUGUAGUAGGGUUUUAGUUUUCAGGCCCUGUGUCACAUUGGCUUUCCACAAACAAAUGUGACAUUUAUAGGCUCUGCUUUACCAUCAGCACUUGUCCACCUAGUGGCUGCAGAUGGAAACGCCUCUCCAGCAGGGGGAAAAACACCCCUCCAUCUGACAGCAGAGAAUUAGACCUUUGAAAAUGCUCCUCUGUCUGAUAUGUAUUGUCUCCUUAUAGAAAGCCAUAUUUUUCUAGGCAGGUUUUUGAUUUUGUAAUGCCAAUGUCUAGACAGUAGAUGACAAUUUCUUCUUUUUCUUUUUCCUGUUUGAUCCAAGGUGCCACCAGGGACGUUGGCUCAGCUCUGACAAGGAUGUGUAUGCGACACCGCAGCAUUGAGACAAAAUUACGCCACUUUACCAAUGCUCUUAUGGAAGGCCUGGUUACGCCACUCCAGGACAGGAUAGAGGAAUGGAAGAAGACAGCUAAUCAGCUGGACAAAGACCAUGCCAAAGAAUACAAGCGGUCUCGUCAGGAAAUCAAAAGGAAGUCGCUAGAUACCAUAAAACUUCAGAAAAAAGCAAGAAAAGAGCUUCUAGGCCGGGGUAACCUGCGCCCCCAGCUGGACAGUGCCAUGCAGGAUGUCAGUGACUUAUACCUGCUGAUGGAGGAAACGGAGAAGCAGGCAGUGCGCAGAGCCCUCCUGGAAGAGAGAGGCCGUUACUGUACAUUCAUUAACCUGCUGCAGCCUGUGGUGAAUGUAGAGAUUGCCAUGCUGGGAGAGAUAACACAUUUGCAGGCCAUUGUUGAUGACCUCACUGUGCUGACUGAGGACCCACACAAGCUGCCACCCGCCAGUGAGCAGGUGAUCCGGGACCUGAAAGGCUCCGACUAUAGCUGGUCCUACCAGACCCCUCCUUCUUCCCCGAGCAGCACCGGCUCCAGGAAGAGCAGCAUGUGCAGUCUCCUUCAGAUGCCCUCUGCAGGAGCCCAUCGGCUCAGCAGCGUCUCUUCUCACGACUCAGGCUUUGUGUCCCAGGACGCCAACACCCACUCUAAGCCUCCAUCGCCCAUGCCCUCUGACAUCGCUAGCCAGAAAUCAACCAGCUCAGCCUCCUCUGAGGCUUCAGAAACCUGCCAGUCUGUCAGCGAGUGCAACUCUCCUACAGCGUUUGGCUCAUGCUCAUCCUUCGGUACCUUUCGCCCUGCUUUCUCUCACACUGGCACCAUCAGGCCUCUCUCUGUCAUACUUCCUGCGUCCCCCACAUUUAACCACUCCCCUGGAUCCAACACCCCCUCACCCACAUCAAAGGUUCCUAGCUGGAAGGAUUGGGCCAAACUGAGUUCCUACGAGCCAUCAUUGGCCAGCACUCUGCAUCGUCGGAGGGAGUCUAUGGAUAAGAUGAGAGACCUGGAAGCUCCGCCCAGUCCACUGGGGUAUUCUGGGAUGCAACCAGAUGAUCCCCAUCGAGCAAGAAUUGGCCCAGGAUCCACAGCAGCCAAGCAUGGCGAGCCGCUCUCUCCAGCAGCCAGUACUCUAGCUAUGGUUUUGACCAGGGGCUUGAGUAUGGAGCAGCAGAAGAGCAGCAGGGACUCUCUGCAGUACUCCAGCGGCUACAGCACCCAGACCAACACCCCGUCUUGCUCUGAGGACACCAUACCCUCACAAGGUUCUGAUUAUGAGUGCUACUCUCUAAAUGGGGAUGCUGACAGUGAAGGACAGGCAGACUUUGACAAGUCCUCCACCAUCCCACGCCACAGUAACAUUGCUCAGAGCUACCGCCGCAUGAUCCAAACCAAGAGGCCGGCCAGUACUGCAGGCCUGCCUGCGGGUAAGACCCUGCAGGGAGCUCAAAACGGUGCAGGGGGAAGCAGCUCCGGAGCCAUCACCUCAGGGACGGCCACCAUCCGCCGGACACCGUCCUCCAAAACUGGAGUGAGACGCACGCCGUCCACAUCUGGCCCCAUUCCCAUCCGGCCCCCCAUUGUGCCAGUUAAGACCCCAACAGUGCCAGAUUCUCCAGGGUAUGCCAGUCCACCCCAGCAUCGUGAGGGCAGCGAGUUUCUGUACGGUGAUGACCCAUCUGCUAGUGACUACAUGAGGGCUUCUCCAAAGAGGAUGAGCCUCCCCGACACAGCUUGGGGAUGUGGGGGAGGAGGGGCGGACAGGACUGUUUAUGCCCAGCAGGCCCCCGGCAUGACCGCCCACAGUGCUGAGGAGGACCCUCUGUUCGCUGCCAACCGCCACAGCCUGGUGGAGAAGAUAGGGGAGCUGGCAGCCAGCGCCCACGCCCUUGGUGAGGGUCAGUUUCCCUUGUGCAGCUCACUGCCAGGGGAUCCGAAUCCCCAGGAGCUGUCCUCCACGCCCCAGGAGGACAUGGAUAUGCUGGUGUCUAUACGCCGGGGGGUGAAGCUCCGCAAGACAGUGACUGACGACAGGUCAGGUCCCAGGAUUCUGCGGUAGCUGAGGGAGAAGGAGGCUGUGAAGAAGCACAAGUUUAUUUACAAACUGAAGCUUUGUGGUGAAAUACAACAGCACUCAAGUGAUACAUGAACUGAGGUACAAGUAAUAAAGAGGAUGUAACGUGUGGUGAAUGAAGGCCAGUUCACAGAGCAGUGAGUGACCAUGAACCGUGUCAAGUCUAUUCAUGUCAUGUAUGUAUUGCGUACGUACAAAGUAAUCCAUAUUUUUUUGUUUUUUAUUCUUCUUUUUUUGUUCUGUUUUCGUCUUUGGGCUUUGUGGCUGUGCAUCUCUGCUCCCUGUGUGACCAGUUUUUUCAGCCCAGUUUGUCCCUUUAGAUCCAGUGAUGAAGAUGUCACUACCGUAGGGAUCGAAUGCUCUGUGUCUUUGUUCUUGCUCUUAUGAUUAUUAUGAUAUUGUGCAUUUCUUAAUUAACACAGCCACCCGUCAGUGGGAAGUGAUAGGUGAAGUGCUCUGUGAGCCUGUCUGUAUGUUGUGUUUCACAUCAUUACUGUAUACAUACCGUAUUACUGUUUUUAUUUCAUAAGCUGAACAGCAGCUGUGUAAGUCAUGUAAAAUAGAAGCAAUAUGGCAGUGUUUUUAUUGCUGUACUGUGCUGUCAAUAUAUUCUGCAAUUAAACAGGCGUUUUGCUGUUAAA